GUUUGAGAUUUAAAUAUACAAAUAAGAUUUAACAUUUGGAUUUAAAUUGAAGAUUUAAACAAUAAUUAAAUCUAAAUUGAAUUAGUUAAAUGUGAUGUGAUGAUCUCAACACGUUUUUAGGAGAUUCUCAUGCUCCAUCUAAUGUCGCACAGGCACAUUUCUUAGAAAAAAAAACUGAAAGACACACAGCGUUUGGGAAACAAUUAUUGUAAUGCAAUUAGUUGUAUGGAAAAUCCACAUCAGUCAGCCUGUAGUUUCCCUCACUCUGCUCCACCUGCAUGCAAGCUCAUCCCCUUUUUCUGUCUCUAAACCUCACGAGUGCAACUAGUCAAACAGGCUUUUGUGCUCUGCGGCACUCUACUUGGAUCUUUAAAGCCAGAGUCACAAAUCAGUUUCAGCUGUGUUUUCCAUCUUGAACGUCAGAACCAAACCAACUUUUGCUGGAUUUCAUGAAGCAAACCAACAAUGAAGCACGAUCGCUUGUGUGGCAGUCGAUGUCUGGGUCCAAUGACUUUUAAUAAGGACCUGACAGGCCGAAAUGUGACCCUGAGCCAAGGAGGACAACUCGCGUCCAGAGACACCUCGUCCUUUAUGAACGGUUUGGUGUUUCUCAGCCGCACUGUUAAAGUGGAAGAAAAGCUGUGUAUGCAUAUUGAGGACUGCACCUCAUUGUGGGAUGGAGCUCUUCGUGUGGGCUUCACCAACAUCUGCCCGCAAAGAAACAAUUUACCAGCUGCUUCAAUACCAGACCUCAGGGACGCACAGGGAUACUGUGUUGUGCCAGUACCUGAGGACUUGUCUAGGUGCGGUGUACAGAUUCAGUUUUGGAUAAACUAUGCAGGCAUGGUUAUUGUGCAAGAGAUAGGUGGGGAGAAAUAUUACCUCGAAGCAAAAGGACUUAACCUGAAUAAUCCGCUGUGGGUUUUCAUUGAUCUGUACGGGAGCACAAGCGCCGUCCGCCUUCUGAGAUCAAGGAGGGGCAGUCGAACAUCAUGCCCAGUUUGUCCUGAAGACAGUACAUCUGACAUCAACUGGCCAGCAAGAGUGGUUGAGCGACAAACAUCAGAGGAAGAGCAUAGUAAUAACCAAAAAGCAGAAUCCAGAAAGGUCCAGAAAACAUCAUCUUACUGGAAACCGAGUCUCUUUCUUGUACAGUAUGCCAAUCAGACGACCCUCCCAAACCCCAGAGAAAGUUCAGAACUCACAAGAGCUGGUUUAGGCAUAUCUGUUCAGGAGUCAAGAGGGGUAGAUCUAAACUGGACUUUGCGAGAGCUGAAUCUCUUCAUUUGCUCCAGAUAUCCUUUGGUUGACCUGGAUGCGAUUGGUUUCCAUUUGGCAAAGACUGAUAAACAUGGACGACUUUGCAGAAUACAUUCAAACACUCUGAAGAAAAUAAAAAAGGAGCUGGCUGACAACAUACUUUAUAUAGUUCCUCAAACAGACAUUAUUCUAAUUGAGGUAUAGCGGGAAAUUCUCAUUUAAUUAUUAACAAAUAAUUAAUAAACUACGGUGAAUGUUUAAGCAUGGCUGUUCUUUGAAGA